AUGGCUGACAGCACGAGAUGGCCGACUUGAAGAAACUAGCUUGUGAUCACAUAGAUAAGUUGACAGCAGAACUAGGAUCUUUGAGUCAGGAUAUUUGGGAUCAUCCUGAAUUGGGUUAUAAAGAAUACCAUGCACAUGAUGUCAUUUCAAAUUUUCUGGAAGAGCGAGGAUUCGAAGUAAGGAGAAAAUACAAACUUGAUACCAGUUUUUGUGCCACGUUUGGACACAACGUACCAGACAACGAUGACCUUCCACACAUUGCCGUGUUGUGUGAAUACGACGCACUCCCGGGAAUCGGUCAUGCAUGUGGUCACAACCUGAUAGCUGAGGUGGGCGUGGCCACAGGUGUGGCCAUUAAACAUGCAUUGGAAUCAGCUGGCAAACCCAUGGGCAAGUUAACAGUGCUUGGUACUCCAGCAGAGGAGGGUCUGUGUGGUAAGCAUGAUCUGAUCAAGGGCGGGGCCUUUGAUGGAGUUGAUGCUGCAAUGAUGGCCCACCCAUCCCAAUUUACAGUGUCGAAACCAAACUAUGUCUCCAUGACUCCUGUGACGAUAACGUACCGGGGCCAGGCAGCCCACGCCUCCUCCUACCCCUGGGAGGGCGUCAACGCUCUGGACGCAGCUGUUCUUUGCUACAACAAUAUCUCAUGUCUACGACAACAGAUGAAACCUACCUGGCGUGUUCAUGGUGUGAUAAGUAAAGGAGGUCUCCAGCCCAACAUCAUCCCAGAGGAAACCGAGUUACAGUAUUAUCUCCGAACUCCAACAGAGCCAGAACACAAGAUCCUCAUAUCAAAGGUCACCAACUGUAUCGAAGCUGCUGCCCUUGCAACUGGUUGUGAAACAGACUAUAAGUAUUCAGAAAAACAUUACUAUUCAUUGCUGUCCAAUGCUACAAUGGCUGAUGUUUUUGAAGAGAAUGCCAAGUCAGUCGGGAUAGCAUUUGAACAGAAGCCAGAACUCAUCAGGAAGUUUGGGGGAUCCACAGACAUGGGGAAUGUAUCACACAUAGUCCCUAGCAUCCACCCCAAGUUCUACAUAGGAACCACGGCCAGUAAUCAUUCAAAAACCUUCACACAAGCUGCAGGUGAUCCGAAGGCCCAACCAUACACACUGGCAAUAGCCAAAGGCCUGGCUAUGACUGCUCUGGACCUCUUCACUAAACCAGACCUUCUAUCUACCAUAAGGGCCGACUACCAGAGGGAUGUCAGCGAACAAGCUUAAGUGGACAUUCAUAGGAAAACUACAGUACAACAUGUGAAUGACAGUGAUAUUUUGUACCUACCCAGAUUAUAACCUUACUGAUGUGUGAAAAACCCUACUACAGUAAAAAACUAAAACAAA